GUGGAUGUCGCUUCCAUGGCACCGUUUGAUAUUGCAUAUGAGCUGCUAGUCACCAGGCUCGAAAAUUUCCAACUUGAGACAAACAAAGCCUUUAACUUCACUGCCAGCCCUUCACAGCCCCAGUAUUUUCUGUACAAGUUCCCUCAAGAUGUGGAUUCUGUCAUCAUCAAAGUGGUAUCUGAUGCAGUCUACCCCUGCUCAGUUGUCUCUGUCCAGGAUAUUGUGUGCCCUGUAUAUGAUCUGGAUCAUAAUGUGGAAUUCAACGGUGUUUACCAGUCCAUGACAAAGCAGGCAGCUAUAACGGUGCAGAAGAAAGACUUCCCAGGUGAGCAGUUCUUUGUUGUGUUUGUCAUCAAGCCGGAGGACUAUGCCUGUGGAGGUUCUGUGCCUUCCUCUCUCCGUGGAAAUGGCAACCGUACCUGGAACCUCCAACGAACAAAGAACCUUCAAGUGACAAUUGUGCCCUCUAUUAAAAAGUCUGUUUAUGUGCAGGCCAUGUUCUUCAGCUUCCUGAGCUUCCUCUCCUUUUACCUGGGCUCAGUGGUUGUUGCUUUCGUUCACUACAUCAGGGUUCGGAGGAAAGCUUCAGCUGGCAGAUACAGUCCUGAUGAUGGAUCUGGGAUUAUGCCAUCUUCACACCCUAUCACAGCCAGUACUCCCGAGGGAAGCAGCUAUGGUGCUAUUGAUGAAUCGAGCUCCAGUGGUGGACGGCCGUUGUCUUCCCCUGAGCGAGGGCCACAAGCUGGUUCUGACACUGACAGCUCUGUUGAGGAGGAGAGCGACUUUGAUACCAUGCCAGAAAUUGAAAGCGAUAAGAACGUCAUCCGCACUAAGGUGUUCCUCUAUUUGUCAGACUUGUCCAGGAAGGACCGAAGGAUUGUCAGCAAAAAAUACAAAAUUUAUUUCUGGAACAUCAUCACUAUUGCGGUGUUUUAUGCCCUGCCGGUAAUCCAGCUCGUCAUCACCUACCAGACGGUAGUGAAUGUGACAGGCAAUCAGGACAUCUGCUACUACAACUUCUUGUGCGCUCAUCCCCUUGGAGUGCUGAGUGCCUUCAACAACAUCCUCAGCAACGUGGGCCACACGCUGCUGGGCUUUCUCUUCCUCCUGAUUGUGUUGCGCAGAGAUAUCCUCCACCGUCGGGCCAUGGAGAUGAAAGACAUUUAUACCUUGGACUAUGGAAUCCCAAAGCAUUUUGGUCUCUUUUAUGCUAUGGGCAUUGCGCUGAUGAUGGAAGGGGUGCUCAGUGCGUGUUACCACGUCUGCCCAAAUUACUCCAAUUUCCAGUUUGACACCUCCUUCAUGUACAUGAUUGCAGGACUGUGCAUGCUCAAGCUCUACCAGACCCGCCACCCAGACAUCAAUGCCAGUGCCUACUCUGCCUAUGCCUCGUUUGCUGUGGUCAUCUGUCUGGCAGUCCUUGGAGUGGUAUUUGGGAAAAAUGACAUGUGGUUUUGGGUCAUUUUCUCAAUGAUCCAUGUUCUUGCCUCUCUGGCUCUCAGCACUCAGAUCUACUACAUGGGCCGCUUCAAGAUUGAUGCCCCUGACUCAGACUUGGGUAUAUUUCGCCGAGCAGCGAUGGUGCUAUACACAGACUGUAUCCAGCAGUGCAGUCGACCAAUGUACAUGGACAGGAUGGUGCUGCUUAUUGUUGGAAACCUGGUCAACUGGUCCUUUGCUAUCUUUGGACUAGUGUAUCGACCCAGAGACUUCGCCUCCUAUAUACUGGGAAUCUUCAUCUGUAACCUGUUGCUGUAUCUAGCUUUUUACAUCAUCAUGAAGCUCCGCAGCUCGGAGAAGCUCCUGCCCAUCCCCCUGUUCUGCAUCGUGGCUACGGCAGUGAUGUGGGCAGCUGCCCUCUACUUCUUCUUCCAGAACCUCAGCAGCUGGGAGGAGACUCCGGCAGAGUCUCGAGAAAAGAACCGGCCGUGCAUCCUGCUGGGCUUCUUUGAUGACCAUGAUGUCUGGCACUUCCUCUCUGCCGCUGCCUUGUUCUUCUCCUUUCUGGUCCUGCUAACCCUGGACGAUGACCUGGACACGGUGCGCAGGGACAAGAUUCCAGUGUUCUGA